UGGAGCUCACCGACGACUUUCUCAAAUUGGACCGGAGAGGUGGGCUAGGUCAAAGUGUCCGGUGCAACGCUAUGGAUUUAUGACGUCUAAUGCAGCGGAAUCGUUUAACUCUCGGUUGUGGUGGGCUAGGCGUUUACCAGUGUGCUCUUUACUUGAAUCGUUUCGCACACUUUUGGAGGAUUGGUUUGACGAGCGACGUACAUCGUCUGAAUCGAGAGAUCAUGUGUUAACGGUGUCUACGUUCAACAAGCUAUCUAAUUCUGUGCAAGCAAGUCUCUCUCUUACUGUUCGAGCCACCACCGGACUUGUGUAUAAAGUUGAAGAGGAUGAUCAACAAUAUCAAGUCGAUCUUCAGAAUUGGACUUGUGAGUGUCGAGAGUUUGAUGAGGAUAAAAUUCCAUGCAAGCAUGCGGUUGCCGCUAUAAGGUGGGCGGGCAAUGGUUUGAAUGUGUACGAUUUCGUACACAAAUAUUUCAAACAAUAUGAGUUGACACAAACUUAUGCCGAACAUGUUAGUCCAAUACCACAUCCGAGUGAAUGGAAUGUGCCAGGAGAUGUCUUAUCAAUCUAUUGUAGUCCACCCGAUCCGGAGACUCUACGUCAGUCUGGGCGUCCAAAGAUGAGUCGUACUCGGUCAACAGUUGAAGGACUACCCUCACGACGGCGUCAAGUGUGCUCUAGGUGUAAUGGAACGGGACACAAUAGAAAAAAAUGCACAAUAUCUAUCCCUGUGGGUGGGGUGGAUUUGAAUGUUCCAUUUCAAGAAGCAGAGUUUGAGGAAACUUCUCAGGAUCCUUCUCAUGCCACAGAUGAACCAUCUCAUGAUACGGAGGAAGCACAACCGACCCAGAGACGUCGGAAGAAAAAAAGAUGUAGCAAUUGUGGAGAAGAGGGUCAUGAUAUUAGAGCAUGUCCAAUGCCCCUCCGUGAAUAAAUGUAAGUUGUUAAA